AAAACAGGCCCAUUACAGAUCAACGGAGAGGAGAAGGUAACCCGCAGGAGCUGCCACUGCGGUGUCCCCGGGCCAAAGGGGGUGAUUAUGCGGCCGGGACGGCGUCUGUAACGCGGCUUUAACACAUCUCGGUCCAGGCUUUGGGAGCGCAUUCCUUGGAGGGAGUCCAUACUUUCUGCCACGAUGGAGGUCAGCGGAGCCCCGGCCGACGUCCUCCUCCAGAGUCCCUGGCUUCCUGUGAACAUCAGCGGCUGCCAGCUCCUGACCAAGACCUGGUUUGGGGACUCCUCAUACCACAUCCUGCUGACGGACAUGGUCUGUGUGUGGGAGGAGUGGAUGGACUCGGCCGCCAUUCAGAGACGUUCGCAGGAGCUGAACAAGCGUUUGCGAGCCCCAGUCAAGGCUUUCUUCUCCCACCUGUGCGAGGUGGUGCAGCCCUGUCUGUCAGGGAGCGGCACCGGCACCGACCAAGCCGACGACGAAGCUCAGAUCUCCCUGACGACGAGACGCGAGGGCGGCAACAUGGUUAUGAGGCUGAAGAGCGAGCUGGCGGGGCUGCCCUUCUACUGGGAGUUUCACUGCACCCCCGCGCCUGUCACGAUGGCGUGCGUUCAGCUAGUGCGCCCCCUGCUGACGAUGAGCCGCCUGCUGCAGCGGCAGGUUGCGCAGCUGGGAUGUCUGCUGAUGAGGAAGGACGCAGAGAUCCAGGACUACAGGGAGAACGGAGCCACGCUCACCAGAGAGCGGCUGCAGACCGAUGUUUUUGAAGAGCAAACAUACAGAGAGGACUUCAUGGCAAAGAUAUUUGCUCGGCGAGCGCCAAAAGACCAAUAUCCUCCUCAUCACUCCCUCCUUCACCAUUUCCACAAGAGUGCGUUUGUGCUUGCGCCAUUUGUGGCCUUUGUUUCCCACACGGAGGGGAAUGAAGGUCAGAGGGACAGUGGAGGAGAGACGGCGACGAUGACAGGAGCGGGAGCUUUUAUUUUCUACUGCAGCUUCGCCACACAAACACCCCACCCAGCGCAGGUCAACAUUUGCGCGGGUGGAAUUAGCCCAUGCUUCCCACUGAUACACACACACACACACACACUUUUUAUAUCUUAGUGAGGACACAUCAUUGACCUAAUGCAUUCCCUAACCCUGUAUCUGAACUUUAACCAUCACAACUAAGAGCCUAACCUGAAAAAGCCCUUUAGCGUUGUGGGGCCCAGACAAAAUGUCCCCACAAAGAUAGGAUUGUACGUGUUUUUGGACCUCACAAAGAUAUAAAUACAAGUACACACACACACACUUGCAAGCAUUUUGAUUUAACUGAAGAUGAAAAGAGAUGUCCUUCAGAGAUUCAUCAGCUUCACUUUCAAUUUAAAUUUGCUGUGUUUUGUGUGUGUGUGUGUGCGUGUGUGUGUGUGUGUGUGUUGUGUGCAUGUGUGGUGGCAGCAGCUCAUGACCGGGCAGAGGGGAGUGUCUGCUUGUCCACACAGAGCAGGCUGUGACGCAUGGUUUUGGUUUUCCAGAGCUAAGUGUUGGUGCGUGUGUGUGUGUGUGUCACCAAGGUUGUGUUUUUAUCCUCACCGUUCAUGUGUGUGUGCUUGUGCUUGUGUGUGUGUGUGUGAGCCAUGCUGACACACGCUUUGCACUUUCCAGUGCAGUGUCACAGUUGUCAGCCCUGAAUUGAAUUGUCACCGUUUGGGAAUGUUGCCCACUUCCUGUUUCAUGAGACGGUGGCUUCACAGCUCCGCGGCGACCGCGCUGCAAUAUAAUGACAUCCAACAAUUAGUGGCCACUUGUGAAUAAAACACCUCACUUGAGCGGCGCAGAGUUGUGUGAUUGAGCCAGUGUUUGGCAUUUGUAACUCCUUUUUUUGCCUGAGCAUGAGUUGUUUUGUGCUUUUUGUGCUUGGAUUUCCUUCUCUUUGUUUGUGUUGUAGAGAGAUGUGCAGUUUUCUGUCUGCUGAAGACGUUACUCUUCAAGGCCACAGUAGCUCUCCACAUGAAGCCGUUCACUCAAAUCCUAAUAUCUGUUUGCUUCGACCAGAGACGCUAAGUUUAGUUAAGAGCAGAGCAGGAAACUUUUUUCUUUUUUUUUCAUCCAAUGACCACAGCAGCUGACAAAGUCCAAAAUACAUACUUUGACUCCGAGCAGCCAAACAUGACAUAAAGAAUAAAGGAAAGCUGCAGAUGUUGAUGGAUUAGAAAUAAGGAAACUCCUUGUUUAAUAGAAGUGAUUUUUUUUUUUUAAUGGACAUUGUACAACAUGUGCAUGUUUGAAGAGUCUGCGCUCUUCUGUUUUUAGUCGUUUAAACCUGGUCGCAGAUAUUUUUACUUUUACUUACGCCUCCGUCAUCAGGUUUGCGGUGGAUGUGGCAACGCCACACGCUUAUGGGCAACUGCGAUAGGGUCAUAAGUGCUGCAGCUAACGGUUUAUUUUCAUCAUCGCUUCAUCUUUGGAUCAUUUUCUCAAUCGAUCGAGUGUUUGUUUGGGCCGUAAAAUAUCAGAAAAUGUUAAAAAGUGUUGAUCGGUGUUUACCAAACCUGGAAAUGAUGAUGUUCUCGAAUGUCUUGUUUUUUAAUGACUCCGUUUUGAUGAUUUCUUUGUUGUACGGAGCAAAGAAACCCGAAUAUAUUCACAUUUAAGAAGCUGAAAAAUCAGAAAACGCUUGAUUCAUUGAUUUAGUACUUUUACCAUAAUCAUGCUUCAAUAAUGUUAAUAAAGGUGGAGGUGAACAAGU